GCCUGGCGCGGAGCUGCCGCUCAGAGGCCGAGGCGCUCACAGCUAUGGGCCGAAGGUCUAGGAGAGCUCUAGGGUCGCGGGUCUUGCUGCUGCUGCUGCUGCUGCGGCGGCUACCAUGGCCGAUGUGGGGGGCCGAGGCGUUUCGCGGAAACACCCCUGGAGAGCCGGUCACCCCUCACUGGGUCCUGGAUGCACAACCUUGGCGCAUGGUCACCCUGGAGGAGCCGGUCUUAAAGCUAGACACGAGGCUGGUGGCGUUGAAGGCUGAAGGCCAGGAGCUUCUGCUAGAGCUGGAGAAGAAUCACAGGCUGCUGGCCCCGGGAUACAGAGAAACCCACUACAGACCAGAUGGGCAGCCAGUGGUGCUGGUUCCCAACCACACGGAUCACUGUCACUACCAUGGGCGUGUGAGAGGCUUCCCGGACUCCUGGGUCAUCCUCAGCACUUGCUUUGGGAUGAGGGGCCUGAUCAAGCUCAGCAGCAACGCCAGCUAUUAUGUGCAUCCCUGGCCAUCUGGGGACACCAAGGACGUCUCAACUCACAAGAUUUUCCGGACCAAGCAAUCGCUCAGCUGGAAAGGAGCAUGUGGCCAUAGGGACUCUGGGGACAAAGGAGACGUGGCUAGCUUUUCUCAUGCCACCCAGAUCAGGAAGAGGCGGGAGGCUGGCAGGAGCAGGAGGUACUUGGAGCUGUACGUAGUAGCUGACCAUACCCUGUUCUUGACCCAGCACCGGAACUUGAACCAUACCAAACAGCGUCUCUUGGAAGUCACCAACUAUGUGGACCAGAUUCUCAGGACUCUGGACAUUCAGGUGGCGCUGACCGGCCUGGAAGUGUGGACCAAGAAGGACCAGAGCCCUGUCACAACGGAUGCGAACGCCACACUCUGGGCCUUCCUGCAGUGGCGUCGGGGGUUGUGGGCGCGGCUGCCACACGACUCAGCGCAGCUGCUCACGGGCCGUGUCUUUCAGGGCAACACGGUGGGCCUAGCGCCGGUGGAGGGUAUGUGCCACGCUGAGAGCUCGGGGGGCGUGAGCACGGACCACUCGGAGCUCCCCAUUGGCGCUGCAGUCACCAUGGCCCACGAGAUAGGCCACAGCCUGGGUCUCAGCCACGACCCUGAUGGCUGCUGCGUGGAGGCCGAGGCGGAGCAGGGAGGCUGCGUCAUGGCCUCGGCCACUGGGCACCCGUUCCCGCGAGUGUUCAGCGCCUGCAGCCGCAGACAGCUGCGCGCCUUCUUCCGCAAGGGGGGCGGAGCGUGCCUGUCUAACGCGCCGGACUCCGGGCUCCUGGUGCCCCCCGCGCACUGCGGAAACAGCUUUGUGGAGGAGGGCGAAGAGUGCGACUGCGGCGCGGGCCAGGAGUGCCCGGACACCUGCUGCUCUGCCCACGACUGCUCUCUGCGUGCGGGGGCUCAGUGCUCCCAAGGGGACUGCUGCGCGCGCUGCCUGCUGAAGUCGGCGGGCGCGCCUUGCCGCCGGGCUGCUGGUGACUGUGACCUCCCUGAGUUCUGCACGGGCUCCUCUCCCUACUGCCCCCCAGACAUUUACUUACUGGACGGCUCCCCCUGCGCCAGCGGCCGCGGCUACUGCCGGGACGGCGAGUGUCCCACGCUCGAGCAGCAGUGCCAGCAGCUCUGGGGGCCUGGCUCCCACCCAGCCCCAGAGGCCUGUUUCCAGGUGGUGAACUCUGCAGGAGACGCCCAUGGGAACUGCGGCCAGGACACCGAGGGCAGCUUCGUGCCUUGUGCUCAGAGGGAUGCACAGUGUGGGAAGCUGCAGUGCCAGGGUGGGGAACAGAACCCACUGGCACCACACACGAUGCCGGUGGACUCUACCUUCAGCCUAGGCAGCCACGAGGUGACCUGCAGGGGAGCCUUCUUGCUACCUGGUGCCCAGCUGGACCCGCAUGACUUGGGUCUAGUAGAGCCAGGUACCCAGUGUGGAUCUAGAAUGGUGUGCCAGGAGAGGCGCUGCCAGAACACUACCUUCUGGGAGCUGGAGCGUUGCCUGAUCACCUGCCAUGGCCAUGGGGUUUGCAAUAGUAACCACAACUGCCACUGUGAUCCGGGCUGGGCUCCGCCCUCCUGUGACAAGCCAGGGUUGGGUGGUAGCAUAGACAGUGGCCCUAUGCAGCCUGAAAACCAGGACACCUUCCUGCUGGCGGUGAUCUUUAGCUUCCUGUUGCCUCUGCUCCCUGGGGCCGGCCUGGCUUGGUGCUGCUACCGGCAGCCAGGAUCCUGGCUCCAGCAAUACCUCUGCGGCUCGAGGAGGGACCCCGUGCGCAGUGGGCCCAAAGGUGGUCCACGCAGGGACCAACCCCUGAGCAGUAUUCACCUCAUUGAGUUGGGCCGGAUGACCACUGGAGAACCCCGGCCCCUGGACCUUGAGAUCUCUGCCAGAGCCCAACAGCCACCUUGAGAAGCCUGUGCUCUGUGGCCCUGCCUGGACCCCCAGCAGGUCAAGUUCAGAAGCCGAUAUCCUGUUUCUGGUGAGAAGGAGAUCCUGAGAGGAGGACACUUAAAGACAGGUGGCUACUGACAGCCACUCCAGGCACUUGGACCCCCAGGGGGAGAGCCAGCAAGUAAGCUGACCUCCUGCACCUUCAGGCAGCUUGCAAGUUUCUUCUCCAGGUUACCUCUGCCGUACCCACUCCAGAACCCCAAAGCCUCAUCAGAAUUUUCUCAAUGUUGUCCUUGUUCCUUAGGGUUGGGGAUCCUGCUAGGGUACACACACCAGCCCAAGAAUCCACCUGUUAUGUAAAACUUUGUUACUUAAACUUACU